AUGAUAAAUUAUAGAUCGAGAAAAAGCUCAAAAUGGUCAGAGAAUAGGGAAAACAGGGGUGUAAUAAAACAAACUAUUACCAAUUUAUGGGAUUUAAUUCCAUUUAAAACCAUUUUUAGUUCUCAGAAAACGAUUCUAAAUCCUGAUUCAACAAUUUAUAAUAAAACAUCUAUUCUAAAAAAAUCACAAAAUGUUACUAAAAUUAUAAAAAAAGUAACAUUUGCAAUUUAAAAAUUGAGAGAGGAAAUGUAAAAAUUACACCAUCACCUGUAAUUUCUGGUUUAUUCGAUACAAGGUGAUAGACGCCGUUUAAAUUGGACAAUCUGUUAAUAAAUUUGAAACUACUUAAAAAAACUACAUCACUAAAACAACAUAAUUUUCUUAUUCGAUUCGUCAUGUCUAUACAUAUAUUUUUUAUACUCAACUAAUUCUAAAAAUUCUCAUACUAAAUUACAACAAUUUUUAAUUCAACAAUUUUUUAAUUCAAUUAAUUCUCAUUUAACAACAUCUAAAUUAUU